CUUCAAAAUCGCACUUUGCAAGUGGCAACUCAGAUUAGCAGAUAUCAGAUUCAGAAAUCAGAAUUUUGCAUUUGAUAAUUUUGGUGUAGAGGUGUUGCGUCACCGAUUUUGGAAAAAUGGCUGAAAAAAUUAUUCCCGUGGUAAGAGCCGAUGAAGAAGAAGCCGAGGAAGAAGAAAUGGUUGACCCACAACAACAAUUACGGGAUCAGUGUGCUGAAAAACCCGAAUUGCAAAAUUUGUGGUCGAAAUACCAAGAAUGCAACGACAGAGUGAAUUCCCGCUCAAACACCUCUGAGACCUGUGAAGAAGAACUCAUUGAUUAUGUACAGGUUCUCGACAAAUGCGUCAACAAAGACCUUUUCAAAAGGCUAAAGUAAACUGCCAAUUGUUGCCCACUGUUAUUUGUCUAACCGUUAUGUACACCACAUAUGUUCUAGUAAUAUCACAGUUGGGUUGUAGAUUCAUUUAGUUAAUUAAUUUAUCUGUAUGACGUUUCGUGGAGAUUUAUUGUAAAUAAAUAAU